AUGUGUGUUCCAGUACGUUGCAGUCCUAGAAUCGAUCCUGGGUUAAGGUUUACUAGCUUGGCGGGGAUAGCUAGAUCAUAUACGAGUACAUACAUGUACUCAUGUUCCAUGUGGGCCAAUGGGUGCUACCUGUGUAGGUACUUACUCACACCGUAUCGUUCGGCACGGCUCCGGCAUGCUUCCGAGUGCAUAUUACAUAGCAGUGGUGGUGGAUUGGUAUUUAGCUAUGUUGGGGGCAGUGGUUUUUCCGAAUGGCCAGGGGUGAAGAGAGUGUGCUUUGAAGGGACGCAGGACUGCAUCACCGGUGUUAGUGAGACGCGCUCGACUUGA